AUGGUUGACGAUAUUCUCGAGCGUUCUAUUCACCUUGACGAAACGCUUGCACAUGAUGAUGAUUAUGAUGAUAAUCGGAGUACUCCCAUUCGCGGACAAAUUCAAGAUGUAUUUUUAAAUCGUCCUCUUACACCUGCAUUCACACGAUCGCGGUCACCGUUCACUGUUUCAAGUCAAGGAUCAAGUCGAAAUCUAAUGACAACGCCCACUUCUGGUCAACUUAUCGAUGAAAAUCGAUAUUUGAAUGAUGAACUGAACCGAGUCGAAACAGUACUCAAUUUAACACGUGCUGAAAAAGAUGAAUUAAGCAUACGUUACAAUGCUCUGUCUGAUCGGCUGGAGCAAUCACUACGUGCUCAAGGCGUUGACUUAUCAUCAGAUAUGAGCACUGGUGAGCCUGAACGCCGUAUUCUUGUCCAACAAAAUAUUGAGCUACGACGAAAACUCGAAGAAGAACAUCAAAAUUAUAAACGUAAACUAUCUAAUUAUCAAGAAGGACAAUUAAAACAAGCACAGCUUGUACAAAAACUUCAACAGAAAGUUUUACAAUACAAAAAUCGAUGUACAGAACUUGAAUUUCUAACUGAACAACAUAAAAAGGAUAUGGACCGUAUUCGACUUAGCGCAACUAAUACUACUGCAUUAUCAUUUCUUACUGACACACGUACAACACAAAAUAUUGAUGAACAAAGUGCAGUAUCAGUUUCCCUCGAUGAAGAAAAACAAAAGUCCGCUAAUUUUGCUCAAUUAAAUAAAAUGUUACGCGAUCAACUCGAUCAAGCUCAUUUAACUAAUCAACAAUUAACCGAUGAUUCACGUCGUAAUACGAAUGAAUUGCAAAAACUACGCGAAGAGUUCACACAAAAAACACGAGAUUGGCAACAAGAAGAACGGAUUCUAAAUCAAUUCUAUAAUAAAGAACAUAAUCUUAUGUAUGAAUUAUGGCGUGAUGUUGUUUCAUUUCGUAAAGAAUUUACUGAACUCAAAGGCACAACUGAGCGUGAUUUAAAUCGUGUUCGUGCUGAUCUUACACAAACAGGUCGAUCAUUAACAAGUGCUUGUUUUGGAUUUUUAACUACAUCAAAAACAGCUGAAUCUCAAGGACAAUUCGCCAUCGAACGAGAACGUCAUGAUCGUACGAGUCUAGAAAAUCAAAUCCGUGAAAAAACAAGAGAACUAGCAGAUUUACAACAAAGAUUACAAGAAUUAUCACAAACAAAUGAAAAACUACGUUUUCAAUUGGCAGAAAAAGAUGGCACUAUAACAACGUUGACACGUGCGACUCAAAUUCAAAGCCAAGCUGUGGAAACAUCAUCUUCGGCAUUGGAAACGCGUACUCGAGAAAUCAGUGCUGAUACUGAACGACUUCAUCAACGAUUACGCGAUUUAGCUCAAAUUGUACUUAACGAUGAAGAUGAUACAUUCGAUGGAAAUGAUCUAGGACGAACAUCACCAAGACGAUUAUCACCAUUGCGUGGUGCUGAACGAUUUGAUUCACCUGAUAGAGGUUAUACGAGACUUCGUUCACCUCGAUCGAAUUCACCUCAACGUCCAAUACAAGCAUCUCGGCCACAUUCUCGUAAUGUUUCACCAUCGUUUGUUGACAGUACAUUUAGUGCUGUUCAUGCUGCCUUAAAUAAACGUCAAGUUCAGGUUCACGAUUUACAAACAAAAUUGAGUACUGCACGAGAAACAAUUCAACAAUUAAAAGAUCAAUACAAUCAAAGUGAAGCGGAACGACGACACUUGGAUCAGCAAGCAGCAAGCUAUAAGUUGCAGAUAGAAGAAUUACGACGACAAUUUGAUGAUACAGCAACUGAACGUGAUCGAUCAAAAUCAGCGCUUGCAAAUUCUAAUAAUGAACGUACAAACAUGGAAAAACUUCGCAUUACACUUAAUGCUCAGAUUGAUGCAUUACGUGGCGAUUGUGAUCGUUUACAGCAGUCCAAUACAGAAUUACAACGUCAACGUGAUCUUCUCGACGAAGAAAAGGAUGAUUUACAAAAGGAUAAAAUUCGACAAGUGAAAGAAAAUGAACGUUGUAUGAAAGUCAUUGAAAAUCUUGAAAACAAAAUAUCGCAACUCAAAACAGAUGUAACAGAAUUACGUGAACAAUAUCAUAAAGAAAAACUAACCAAAGAUGUUCUCUCACAAGAAAAACAUGUGCUUUCUGAUGCACUUUCGCGUUCCGAAUCUUAUCGAGCUGAAAUUGAAGUUGAUCUUAGUAAAGAACGAAGUGAAAGUGCAACUUUAAGAGAUUUACUUUGCAAAAUACAAGCAUUGAAUGAAGGUCUUGCACAAGAUAAAAUCGAAUUGAAUAAAAUUAUUUUAAUGGUCGAACAAGAAAAAAAUUCUAUUCAUAAUGAAAAAUCCGAUGUUGAACAAGACAAAUCCACGCUUCGCCAGGAACUUGUAAGAGUUGAACAAGAUAAAAUCGAUGUUGAAAAUGAACGCGACACUAUUCUUCAUCGUCUUCAAUUAACUGAUGUUACUCGUCAACAAAUUGAACAAGAAUUGAACAUGGUCAAUCGAGAAAAAGUCGAAAUAAUUGAACAAUUUCAGCAAAUGACUCGAUUGAAAAAUACUCUAGCUGAAGAUUUAGUUGCUGCUAAAAAAGAUAUCGAACGACUUAGUGAACAUAAUGCACGUUUGAAUAAAGAGAAAGAAGAAUUAACUAAAGAACGUGGCAAUCUUGUUGUUGAUUUGACUGGUACUGAACGUGACAAUCAAACAUUAAAUUCAACCAUCGGUGCAUUACGAGCUGAAAAAGAAGCUCUUGAAACAAAUCUGUAUGAAGCACAAAAUAUAAUAGGCCAACUUGAAGUUAAAAAGGGACAAUUAGAAGGUGAAAAUCAAGAAUUACUUUUACGUAAAGAACAACUACAAGGUGAAAUUCAACGACUUCAUGCUGAAUUAAAUGUUGAAGUAGAAAAAUCAGCUCGUCAACGCGAUCAAUUGCAUCAACGUUUAACACAAGUAGAACGCGAUAAAGAACUUAUUAUUCAACAACAUCAUCAAGCUCAUGAAGAUGAUAUCGAACGUAUGACACGUGAACGUGAUAAACUUCGUCAUGAAUUAGAAACAGCACGAGAAGAAUCUAUUAGACAAUUAACACGUGACAAGGAUGAAUCAGUACAACGAUAUGAAAAAGAAAAGGAAGAUCUACAUUACGAAAUAGCUAAUGUUAUUACAGAACGUGAUCAAUCUUUAAUGGAAGCUGAAAAUGAAAAACAAAAACUACUUUCAAUGGCUCAAACCGAACGUAAUGCCUUAGCAGAAAAAUUAUCGCUAACAAAAGAUGAUUUAAUGCGUUUACAAGUUGAAUUCGAUAAAAUUCGUCGUGAAGCUGCGUUACAUCAUGAACAAGAUCGACAAGUCAUACUCUCGUUACAAGAUGAAUUAAAGAAAUUUCAUAUUAAAUUCGAAGAUGUAACUCUUGCUAACGAUCGUGAUGUUAAAGUAUUGCAAGAAGAUAUCGAUCAACUACGACAACAAAGACAAUUACAACAGCAUGAAAAUGCUGAAAUAAAAACACAAUUGAAAUUAAAUGAAGAAAAUCGAGAUCAGCUAAAACGUGAUUUAAUUGAAUCUAAUCGACGUAUUCGAGAAUAUGAAGAAAAUAUGACAAUACAACGAAAAGAAAUACAAGACUUGAAACGUUACUUACAAGAUGAACAACGUGAUAAAGACUUAUCAUUACGUUCAUGUGAUGAUUUACGUACGAAAUUGAAGAGUGUAGAAAAUGAAAAAAUUGAUUUAAGGCAAUUAUUAGAUGAAGCUAAGCAAAGAAUUAUUGUACUCGAAGAACAAAAAUCUCAAUGUCAAAAAGAUGCUAAUGAUCUUCGUCACAAUUUACGUGACGUUGAACGUUCGCGAUUGGAAGCUCGACGUGAAUUACAAGAAUUGCGUCGUCAUGUUAAAAUGCUCGACGGUGAAACGAAAAAGAAAUCGAAAGAAGUAGAAGAAUUAGCCGAUCGUGUACGACUAGAUGAACAACGUGAAGAAGAAAUGCGUCGAGAAGUAUUUGGACAAAAACAGAAAUUCGUCGAAGCUGAAGCCUCACGAGAAGUUUUACGUAAAGAACUAGCUAAUAUUCAACGACACUAUGCUGAAUUAGAAGAUGAACAACGAAUGAAAGAACGAGACUUUAGAUUAGCCAUUGAAGAUGCUCGACGAAUUGAACGCAAAGCGAUCGAAGAACGACGAAAUGUUGAAUUAGCACUUGAGAAUGCCAAUCAAAUGAUGUCUGAAUUGCGUAUUGUACUAUCAGGUGCCGAAGGACGUGCCAGUGCACUUGAUACACAAUUAGCACGUGUGGAAGGUGCUAAACGUGAUGCCGAAUAUAAAUUAGGCAGUAUCGUUUCAAGUUUACGCCGUACCAUUGGCUAUGGUUCACGUAGCCGCAGUGGUGCAGGAAUUCGAAGUCGUUCGCCAAGUCCAACUGUUCGCCGUCGACCAAUCUCACCUACGAAAGGUUUCGAUAGUCAUGAAAAUCGAGCGUCACCUAUAUUACGACGAACAUCCCGUAGCCCACAUCAUCGUUCACGAUCACCAGGCUAUGAUGUUGAACGUGCUCAAUCGCCCGGCUCAACCUAUGUUGAUGUUGCUGAUAUUGAUCCAGAACAGAUUCGUUCAGCAUUACGAGAUUUUGUUCAGAGUUUUAUUUCUACUGAACGCGAUCGCGAUGAUUGUGUUUCUGAAACUACACAAUUGCGUCGAAUUAAUAAAGAACUUGAAGAUAAUCUUGCAAGAUCAGAAUUUCGAUUUAAUCAAUUACAAAAAACACUCAUGUCAUUUGAAGAAGACAAAAAAGGUGUAGAUACUCGUUUACAAAGUGCUCAAAGUGCCUUAUUACUACAUGAAGAUACUAUUCGACGAAGUGAACGCGAGCGUAAAACAAUGAUUGAUCAAAUAACUGCACUCGAACGACAAAUAUUAGGCAUGGAAACUGAAAAAAAACAAAUUUUUGAAAAAAUGAAUUUCUCAAAAUCCAGUGAAGCCCGUUUAUCGGAUGAAAAACGACAAUUAAAACGAGCGCUAGAAGAAUAUGAAGCUCGUACAACUGAUCUUGAAAUGAAUAAACGAGCAUUGGAAGGUGAAAUUCAACGUUUAAAUAUGAUCCUUACCGAUAAAGACACUGAAAUUCAAGUACAUCAAGAACGAUGCGACACCUUAAUUAAACAAAUUCAAGAUCGUGAAGAAAAAUGUCAAUCAUUACAAUUAAGUGUUGAUCGUCUUUCUUUAACAUUAGCUAAAAUUGAAGAGGGUGAAUCAAGCCUCAAAACCCGUGUACACUCACUGAAUCAAACAUUAUCACAAACAAACUAUCAAGCAGCUGAUUUACAACAAAAACUUGGUGGUAUUCAAAAUGCUUUACAAGGUAGUGAAGCUGAUCGUCGUAUAUUACAAGAUAAACUUGAACAAUCACGAUCACAAGUCUGUGAACUCAAAAAACAAAAUCAUGAACUACUCGAACGUGUACAUCAUUUACAAAAUGAAAUUACUGAUUCAGAUAUGAGACGGCAUGAGUUAGAAAAUCAACUACGAAAUACGAAUACUCUUCUUGUUCAACGUCAAGAAAGUGAACAAGAAGCAAUUCAAAAGAUUUCAAUCUUAGCUGCCGAUAAACAAGCAGUACAAGAGAAGAAUGCUCUUUUACAACGUCAAUUAGGCAACCUUGAUCUAGAAAAACGUGAAGCUGAGAGAUCAAAAUUACGUUUAGAAAAAGACAAAAAUGUUCUGAAGAAAACUCUAGACAAGGUUGAACGCGAACGUGUUGUUACCGAAGAUAUUGUUCGUUCAUGGGAUCGAGCUGAAUUCGAUCGGCAAUACCGUCGAAUCGAAGAAGAAAAUCUAGCUCUGCAAAAACAAGUCGAACAUUUACAAGCAGCCCUUAAUGAAUCAGAACAACAACAUGCACAACGCUUAAUUGAUCUAGCGACACGUAGUAGACGUGAAACCGAGGCCGAAACCGAACGUAUCCGAUCAUCUCAAACAGCUGCCGAACGUGCUUUAGAAGCACGAGAAAAAUCGCAUCGAACUCGUGUUAAAGGUCUCGAAGAACAAAUUACAACAUUAAAAGAGCAACUUCAUCAAGAAUUGCGCAAACGUCAAUCAUUUCUAACUCGUUCAAUGGCAAAUGGAGAUGAAAUAAAUGCACUUCGUCGUGAAAUAACAGAUUCACUAACGUUUGUAUCACAAGAUCCACGUGGUCUCGAUCCGGUUCAUUUAGAUCAUGAAACAAAACGAUUAGCAGAUAUGAACGAACAGCCUGUACGUCAUCGUUCACCUAAUCGACGUAAUCUAUCACCACCUAUUGCCUUACGUUCUAUGCGAGCUGCUGCUUCUAUAGCUGCAGCAUCACCAUCUCAUUUGGGUCCUCAAUCGCCGAACGGACGUGCACGAUCUUCGCGGCCACGCUAUUAA